AUGGUGCAAGGUGGAAUCAGUCACGGAGCAUCGCAGUUCCUGGAAUACCGAAGCUCGAAGUCCAAAGAGCGUCAGUCUUUUAACUACGGGCCUAGAGGAAGACACCGGGCUAAAGAACGAAAACACAUCCAGAUAAACAUUGGAUUGAUGGUGCCAAGUGGAACUGAUUUAAAACCUCUAAAAGGGAAAACAGUCCCAUUAUUUGUAGACCCAGAGGUAGGAGUACCCGAGGUACUGCAACAGGCUGUCAAGAAAAUGCGAAGAUUUAACAAGGACAUAGAAGAAGGACAGUACAUCCUGUUGUAUCCAGACUGCUCAGAGGUAGUCCAUGUGCCUGGAUCAGAAAGGCCAUUCAAAUUGGCAGACUAUAAAAAGGAACUAGGAGGGCCAUAUUCCAGAAUCACAUUUUUCAUUUGCCUUGAAACACAUUUUAAAGGAGCGGAUGAUACCUCAGACUCUGAUUCUGAAAUUGUCAUCACAUCAAGGAGCAGGGCUGAGUUCAAUCAAGCUGACACAGUUUUUGAACCACAAAAACAAAGCACUCCCAAAGAUAAGAUUGAGAUGCACAUAACACUACCUGACAUUGUAGCAAACCCGUCGCGUCCUAUUGAUCACAAAAGAGUCAGCAGGUUCAACAUCUCGAGGGCUAAUGUUUGGGAGGGAGCUGUCAGAGGUUUCAGACGUUCAUCAUAUUCAGAAAACUGUGACAUGCUGGUGAGAUUUACCAAUGAUGCAGGUGUUUACGAGGAAGGGAUUGAGGCAGGUGGUCCAAGACGAGAAUUUUUAACUCUGCUAAUAAAGUACCUGAAAGACCGACCAAUUUUUGAUGGACCAGAGGGACAUCGGUUCGUGGUCUACAAUGCAAAUAGGGUUAGAUAUGAUGAAUACUUCCUGGCAGGAAAGAUGAUUGCAGUUUCAGUUGUACAUGGAGGUCCGGGACCCCGUGUCCUGUCAGAAGAUCUAGUACAGUAUCUUGCUGGCCAGCCUUCAUUCAAACCAACAGUUAAUUUAAUAACUGAUGAAGAAAUAGGGAAAGCUUUGCGAGAAGUGGGGAUAACAUAA